UACCACUGCUUUGCAUCAUUCGCUCCAGCUGUUUUGGGUACGCCAUUUGGAAAAUCGUAUUUUCGAAAUAGGUUGAUUUGCAAUUUGAAUCGGUUAAAAUCCUCGUCAUCCUGUGUUCAAAGUGAUUUAUUCAAGAUGAGUGCUGGAAUGCCGGAGCUUGGCUCCAAAAUAAGCCUAAUAUCGAAAGCCGAUAUCCGGUACGAGGGACGAUUAUUUACAGUAGACCCUAAAGAAUGUACAAUUGCUCUAGCUUCCGUUCGCUCAUUUGGCACCGAAGACAGGGAGACCCCUUACCCCGUCCCAGCUCAGAAUCAAGUCUACGACUACAUUUUGUUCCGGGGCUCUGACAUCAAAGACAUACGAGUUGUGAAUAGUGUCACUCAACCGCUCAACGAUCCGGCAAUUAUGCAGCUAUCUGUUCCACCAACAUUGGGACAACAGCAGUUCCAGAAUCACCCGAUGAUGGGUCACAUGGGACCACAAAUGGGACAAUUCGCUUCGGGUUAUGGACCUAUGGCAGGUCUGUCAAGUGGCAUGGUACCGGGUAUGGGUAUGUCCAGAGAUCCCAGAGGUCUCGCUGGUAAUAAACCAAAUGAUUUAAUUAUACCGGGUACGGAACAACCACAAGUCCUAUCUCCUGCAGUUGAACCGCCUCGACCAAGCGAACACGGUAACGUUUUUUUGACGGCUUUUGCUUGCCAUAAUGCCAUAGAAUUGUCGCUUAUGCGUGCUUAUUGCAAGGAGCUAGGAAGUUGUUGUAGGAAUUUAGUUUUAUUUUGGGCAUUUUCGGGGAUGCAUGUUGAAUGUUGUCUAUCCUUUGUUGAAGAAUUUAUCGUAUUUCAUGCACGUUUUAGUCUACCCCCUACGAUUUUUCUCUCAAAUUGUGGUAAAUUGUUGCAGGUGAAAGUCGAAGAAACCAGUAAGACUGAACUGAACGGUGAUGUAGACAAAAAAGAUGAUUCAGGCAACGAAACGGGUGCUGGAGAGAACGAGCCCGAAGAAGAGCAUGAAGUUUACUAUGACAAGAGCAAAUCUUUCUUUGAUAAAAUUUCGUGUGAAGCUGUGGAGCGCGCGAAGGGAAAAUCACAGAGGACUGAUUGGCGUACAGAGCGCAAAUUGAAUUCCGAGACGUUUGGGGUUGCCGCAACUAGAAGAGGAAAUUUCAGAGGACGCGGAGGAUUCCGAGGCAUGGGUUAUCGGGGAGGUUACCGUGGCGGUUUCAGGCCCCAACAACGUAGAGAUCAACAACAAGGCAAUCGAUCCGGUCAGAAUCAACAAAAUGACGUGCAAAGACCAAGUAACAGCCAACCUAUGGCGUCUGUGCCUGCGGCGACAGGAAAAUAAAGUACUGAUCUGACUAAAUAAACAAACAUAAACAGUUGCUGACACAGGAACAUGGCGACAUGACUGGUUUAAUUUAUUGGGAGAAGGAUGCGGAUUUAAUUAACUGUGAACUGUGAUUAAGAGUACUUGAUUAUUUUGUAAAUUGGUUUUUGAGUCAAGCGUGAAUCGUUACGAAAAGCAAUGCUUCUUUUUGAGUUUCCUGGUGUCAGUAUUAAAUUAGGUUAGAUAAGGUGUACCUUAAGUGAUAAAUAUUUUAUUUUAUAUAUAAAAAAAGGGCAGAUAAAAAGUUUAGUAAUGUAUAUUUUUACUGCCAAUAGAAAUUAAUAUUAAUUUUUUAUAUUUCUUGUAGCUUUAUAUAGUUAGAACAAUGUUUAUUUCUUUAAAUUAUACACUUAUUUUAAUUUUUAAUAUUGGGUCAAAAAUUCUAAUCAAUUGUUCUAACUGGUUGUAAUAAUAUAAUUUGCCAAAUGGUUGUUGUAAUUUAUUACUGAUUAUUACUGUUGUCAUAGACUUUGUAAUAUUAAGAAAUUUUGAAAUAAACAACUCUUCAAAAAUA